AGGAUGGUAGAGGGCACCGGCUCCCCCUUGAGUAACACUUCAUCCGAAGAUGGGGGUACAAGGGAGCUCGACUUCCCCUGGGUCGCCACGACUCUGGCCAGCGUGCUCAUCACCACUAUUAUCGUGGACAUCUUUGGCAACCUGUUGGUCAUCAUCUCUGUGUUUAGAAACCGAAAUCUCAGGAAAGCAGGAAACGCCUUUGUGGUGAGCCUGGCGGUGGCGGACCUGCUGGUGGCCGUCUACCCGUACCCUCUGGUGCUCACCGCCAUUUUCCACAACGACUGGGUCAUGGGCGACCUGCACUGCCAGGCGAGCGGCUUCAUCAUGGGCCUGAGCGUGAUCGGCUCCAUCUUCAACAUCACCGGCAUCGCCAUCAACCGCUACUGCUACAUCUGCCACAGCCUCAAGUACGACAAGCUCUUCUCCGACAAGAACACGGCGUGCUACGUGCUGCUGGUGUGGGUGCUGACCACCCUGGCCAUCGUGCCCAACUGGUUCGUGGAGUCGCUGCAGUACGACCCGCGCGUCUACUCCUGCACAUUCGCCCAGUCGGUCAGCUCGCUCUACACGGUGGCGGUGGUGGUGGUGCACUUCAUCCUGCCCAUCGCCAUCGUCAGCUACUGCUACCUGCGCAUCUGGGUGCUCGUCAUCCAGGUGCGGCGGCGCGUCAAGCCCGACAGCCGGCCCAAGCUCAAGCCGCACGACCUGCGCAACUUCCUGACCAUGUUCGUGGUCUUUGUGCUGUUCGCCGUCUGCUGGGCGCCGCUCAACCUGAUCGGCCUGGCCGUGGCCAUAGACCCGCGUCUGGGCCAGGCCAUCCCAGAGUGGCUCUUCACGGCCAGCUACUUCAUGGCCUACUUCAACAGCUGUCUGAACGCUGUUAUCUACGGACUGCUCAACCAUAACUUUCGCAAAGAGUACAAAAGGAUAAUACUGGCCAUUUUUAAGUUCCAGUGUUAA